AUGGAGCCUAUCGAGGGAACGGGGCAGAGGCAUUCUCUUAGCGUCAAACGUUCUUCUGCAAAGAUCGGUGUAUUAGUAGUAGACGAUGAUUCUACAUGUCUCACCAUUGUUGCCGCCAUCCUAAGGACAUGGGAGUAUGAAGUGGUAACCGUGAAACACCCGAAUGAUGCAUUGGCUGCACUUCGCAAAAGUCAAGCUUCAUUCGACCUUGUGAUGACAGAUUAUCACAUGCCAGACAUGAAUGGACUUGAAUUGCAAGAGCAAGUCCAAGAAGAAUUCAAGCUACCUGUGAUUAGUGGGUGUCCUCUAAACUUCACAAUGAUGUCAGGAGAAGAAAGAGAGUGCAUCAUGUUGGAGAGUUUAGAGCGUGGUGCUGCAUUCUACAUUUCAAAACCCGUAAGACCUGAACAUCUCAAGAAUAUAUGGCAAUAUGCAGUUGCGGGCAGGAAAGGCAAAUCACUUGUCAUUGAAGAGGAGACUAUAUGUGUACCAGUCAAGCCAAUAUGGGGUCAUCAUAAAGAUAUUACGCCUCGUGUAAACAGGAAUUCUUUAUCAUCUAUGAACAAGAUGAAGGGUAUCAAUAGUAAUAAUAAUGAGGAUUCCGAUGCUGAGUCACAAGAAAAGAACGAGAACGAUAACCAAAAAACUAGAAAACCAAAAGUUGUUUGGACGACCGCACUUCAGAAUCGGUUCUUGCAAGCCAUAAACAUCAUCGGAUUCGAGAAUGCUGUGCCGAGGAGAAUUCUCGAUGUCAUGAAUGUCCCAGGAAUAACUAGAGCGAAUGUGGCCAGCCAUUUACAGAAGUAUCGACUCUUCCUCAGGAAGGUUGCUGAAAAGGGUCUCAAGUAUAACAGCGAGAGAGUGCUAAGGUCUAGCUUUGCAUCUGCAUCUUUUGGAAGUAGUAGCCGAGAAUAUCGUCAUAAUAUUUUGGGACGACAUCCAUGGACGCCAACAUUCCAAUCUGGACUAUUGGGAGGCAGUUUGACAAAUAUGAACUAUAGGAGCUAUGGCAUUGUUCCAUUCACUAGCGAUAGAGCUCGGAGGAGCAACUCUCUAUCUAAACUUGGUAUUGACAAAUCACCUUCAGUGACUGAUCAAGCUAGCUCUUCUAAGUAUCCAAUUCUAGGAAACAACUAUCCUCUCUCUCAGCCAAAUAGCCCGGCUCUUUGGACAAAUCAACUGAACAGCAUUGGAACCAGCUCACUCUUGCCAAGUGAUGCCAUUAGUGGCACGUAUGGAACUUCAAAGCAGCUGACUCAACAAGAUCAAACUAUACCUGAACAAUUCCAUGAUGGAAUUCAGAAGCACACAACCGUAGAGAAUGGUACCAAAACUGCCAAUCACGCAUAUAUUGGUGGCUCCGGUGAUACAAUCAACUCUUUUCCAAAUGUGAAUUCAUAUAAAACCGGUGGUUAUGUCGGUCUUCAAACGGUUAGUAGGAGUGAGCUAGUCCAAGUAGGUGACGCCAAAUUCUGUGACCCUGCCAAUCCGAACAAACUCAGCAGUGCAUAUAGUUCUGAGGGAACCGGCUUUAUGCCAGCCUUACUGGGUGGCCACCAAAUGGAAAGAUUGUUAUUAUCAAAUGAUCUGUCGAAAGAAAACGAAAAUCGCUACACGUGUGACGUGAUGAAAAAUAGUUCGGCACCUUUCGGCAAUUCCAGUGGGCAACUGUUGGGUGAAGGUACUCUCACUGAUGCUUUGCCGGGGCACAUCAACGAUCAACCUCCUCAUAAGCCCCAAGAUGGGGAGAAGCUGAUGCUUCCAGACAUCACCAAUGUCUCAUAUCAACCCAGUGACAAGGCCCUCACAAUCGAGAACCAGAAUCCGGAUGUUCUCGAACCAAAUCAUGUCGGGGAAAAUGCUACUUGGAAUAAUGUCAAUGUCCAGGAUCAUGGCUUUGAAGAAUUCGUGGACUUCGACUUCCUCGGCGGGGUUGAGUCGUUCCUGUUCGAUGAUCCUUGUUCUCUAUUGGACGAGAACCCUGUGCCAGUGUUUGAUGAGACUGCUUUCGUAGACUCCUUGCUUGACGAUGGCUACUGA